AUGCCUGAAAAUAAGCGGAAAUCCUCGCGUGAUGGUGAUUCCGAUUCAUCUCUAUCCAGUUUAGAGGAAGAACCACCAACGAAACAGUUAAAGUCCCAAAGCGCAAAUAGUGUCCCGCGUGAAACAUCAUCGAAUGGUGAUAAAUUAAUCGAUCUGACUGGGAGAAAAUACGCUUGUGUGCGUGCCUUUCGUGGGCGGGUAUUUGUCGAUAUUCGCGAAUAUUAUGAAGAUAAAAGCGGUGAAGGUCUUAAACCUGGAAAGAAAGCGUGUCCUUCUAUUUUAGGCAUUUCUCUAAACCGCGAGCAGUGGGACAACUUAAAGGACGUCAUUGGAGCUAUUGACUCUGAUCUUAGAGACAUGAAGCCAUAA